GAAUUGUGCAACGGUGUUAUUCAAUGGCAAUCACGCUGCUGGUCUUUUCUCAUAAAUCCGCACAAGGAGUGAAAUCCACCGUUUGGAUUUCCUACUCACGAGACCAUCUACUAAAAAUUAAGCAACAUUUCUUUAAGGAGCAGCUUUCUGUGAUCUCAGCCCCCCCUGUCUUUACGAACGCAGAGGAGAUUCUAACACAGGAAGAGGCAAUUCCCCCGGAGCCAUGGAUUACCAAAAAAAAUAAACGACAGAAGCAGCGGAGAGAUAAACGGGCUGGGAUCUUAAACAGAUUAAGGAAUAGAAGCAAUAAAACUCCUCUGCCUUCAAUUUUCCUAACAAAUGUACGUUCACUUGCAAAUAAGAUGGAUGAAAUACUCCUCUUAAACAAAUACUAUUCUGAUUUUCGCAAUUCAGCAGUCCUAUGCUUCUCUGAAACCUGGUUAAAGGAAUCAAUUGAAGAUAGCAGCCUGCAUAUUCCAGGGUUUCAGAUUGAACGAUCAGACAGAAUUACAGAAACAUCUGGUAAAAAGAAGGGAGGAGACUUAUGCCUAUUUAUUAACAGCAGCUGGUGUCAAGAUUUAAAAGUAAUUUACAAAUUCUGUGACAACAAUUUAGAGACUUUAAUUAUCAACUGCAAACCAUACUAUUUGCCUCGUGAAUUUUCCUCAUUUCUUCUAAUUGCUGUUUAUGUCCCACCACAAGCCUGUGUAAACAAGGCAUUACGAACUCUAGCUGACUAAAUCAUGGAGGCUGAAGCCAAAUACCCUGAUUCAUUGGCCAUUAUUUUGGGAGAUCUAAACAAGGCAAACUUAAGGAAAGAGCUACCAAAAUACUUUCAGCAUGUCAAUUGUCCCACUAGAGACAAGAAUACUUUAGACCAUUGCUACACAAAACUAAAAGAUGCUUAUCGGUCUUUACCAUGAGCAUCAGUAUGACACUCUUAUCAUUGCAUGAUUCACCUUGUACCUGCUUACAGGCAAAGACUUAAAACCACAAAACCAACAAUUAAAUCAGUGAAGACCUGGACGGAGGAGGCAAAAUUAAACCUACAGGCCUGCUUUGACUGCAUUGAUUGGAAUAUUUUUGAAGAUACCUCUGCAGACCUGGAUGAACUCACAGAUACUGUAACAUCAUAUGUCAGCUUCUGUGAAGACCUAUGUGUACCUACAAGGAACUUGCGAAUAUACAGUAACAACAAACCUUGGUUCACACCUAAACUUAAGCAGCUACGACAUUCCAAAGAGGAAGCCUACAGAAAAGGUGAUAAAAUGCUGUACAAUCAGGCCAGAAAUGCACUAACAAGGGAGAUCAGAGCAGCAAAAAGAAGCUACUCUGAAAAGCUAAAGAAUCAGUUUUCAGCAAAUGAACCAGCAAACAUGUGGAAAACUCUUAAAAAUAUCACCGGCUAUGGCAAACCUCCUUCCCAGGCUGAAGGUAAUCAACAACUGGCAGAUGACCUGAAUGAGUUUUACUGCAGGUUUGAAAGGAAACUACAGCCACCUAUCUCCACAACCCCCAUCUCAGACACACCAACAACAGCCAAGCCUCCUACAACUGACCCCAUUUCAUUGGGUUCACAACCCCUAGUGAUCACAGAAAAGGAAGUGCAGGACCUAUUUCACAGACAAAAGCCAGGAAAAGCUCCAGGCCCAGACAAGAUAACUCCUUCUUGCUUAAAAGUCUGUGCUGACCAAUUGGCCCCCAUCUUCACCCAUAUUUUCAAUAAAUCACUAAAGAUGUGCUAUGUUCCUUCUUGCUUCAAAUGCUCUACCAUCAUCCUAGUGCCGAAGAAGCCCACCAUCAAGGAGCUGAAUGACUACAGACCAGUUACUUUAACAUCUGUAGUCAUGAAAACCUUUGAAAGGCUAGUGCUUUCCUACUUGAAAACCAUCACAGGUCCGCUGUUAGACCCCUUGCAAUUUGCAUACCGAGCAAAUAGAUCAACAGAUGAUGCUGUUAAUAUGGCUCUGCACUACAUCCUACAACAUCUUGAAUCUCCAAGACCUAUGCAAGGGUCCCCUUUGUAGACUUUAGUUCAGCAUUCAAUACCAUCAUUCCAGACACUCUUAUAACUAAGCUAAACCAGCUACAGGUACCUGAACAGACUUGUAAGUGGAUCAAAAGCUUCCUAACAAACAGGAAGCAGCAGGUGAAGCGAAGCAGGAUCACAUCAGAUACCUGUACAAUUAGCACAGGGGGGCCCCCAAGGCUGUGUGCUCUCGCCACUUCUCUCUGUAUACCAAUGACUGCAUCUCCAAUGAUCCAUCUGUUAAACCACUGAAGUUCGCAGAUGACACAAUAGUGAUCGGUCUCAUUCGAGACAAUGACGAAUCCGCAUAUAGAUGAGAGGUUGAACGACUAGCCUCAUGGUGCGACCGAAACAAUCUGGAACUGAACACACUCAAAACCGUAGAAAUGGUGAUAGACUUUAGGAGAAACCCUUCCAUACUUCCACCUCUCACAAUACUAGACAACACAGUAUCAACAGUAGAAAUCUUCAAAUUUCUAGGUUCUACCAUAUCGCAGGAUCUAAAAUGGACAGCUAACAUCAAAAACAUCAUCAAUAAAGAACAACAAAGAAUGUUCUUUCUGCACCAACUCAGAAAGCUCAAACUGCCCAAGGAGCUGCUGAUCCAGUUCUACAGAGGAAUUAUUGAGUCUGUCAUUUGCACCUCUAUAACUGUCUGGUUUGGUUCUGCAACUCAACAAGAAAGACACAGACUUCAGAGGAUAAUUAGAACAGCAGAAAAAAUAAUUGCUACCAACCUGCCUUCCAUUGAGGACCUGUAUACUGCACGAAUCAAGAAAAGGGCCGUGAAAAUAUUUCCAGAUCCCUCACAUCCUGGACAUAAACUGUUUCAACUCCUACCCUCAAAACGACGCUAUAGAGCACUGCACACCAGAACAACUAGACACAAGAACAGUUUUUUCCGGAAGGCCAUCACUCUGCUAAACAAAUAAUUCCCUCAACACUGUCAAACUACUAAAUCUGCACUACUAUUAAUCUUCUCAUCGUUCCCAUCACCAAUCUCUUUCCACUUAUGACUGUAUGACUGUAACUUUGUUGCUGGUAAUCCUUAUGAUUUAUAUUGAUAUUGAUUGUUCCUGAUUGCUUAUUUGUACCCUAUGAUUAUCAUUAAGUGUUGUAUCAUUAAGUGUUAAAUUGUACCCUAUGACCAUCAUUUGUGUUGUAAAUGUUGUACCUUGAUGAAGGUAUCUUUUCUUUUAUGUACACUGAGAGCAUAUGCACCAAGACAAAAUCCUUGUGUGUCCAAUCACAAUUGGCCAAUAAAAAUUCUAUUCUAUUCUAAUGAAAUUUUGCUCCAAAUGACGG